UAUACCUCUCUUGGGGGAGGAGAUAAAUACCGGGUCUUUCAUCAUCGUCAGUCACUUUUUCCUCAUUCACUGCCAAGCACAUGCACUGUACUAUUCAUUAACAUCUCAUUCUCUCUCCUUCACACUCACCUCGCCAAGUCUACGCACUCACCCUUUAAUCAACCUACCUAAUUUAUAUACCCCCACCGUCCCCCAACUCCAACUCCCCUCCCACUCCGUCUCCCUUCAAACAAACAACCGAAACACCACCUCCAACCAUCCUCACAACCUCCCUCACAAUGGCGUCCCUCAACAGCGGCACCUCCGUCUUCCACGGCAUCCUCGGCCUCUACUGGCGCGACACCUCGGGGUCCCUCAUCGCCGUCGAAGGCCGCCGCACCGCCCACCUUCACUCCCUCUGGCCGCAAAUCUGGAAGCACAUUUCGCGCUCCCCCGGCGGGGACCACCGCCUCGUCCUCCCCAGCCAGCAGGAAGUGAAGUCGUAUUACCUGACCGUGGCCGACGAUGGCAACAACAACAAUGACGAUGUCGACGAAUACGCCGUCCCCGUGCGCCACGACUCGCCCCUCGCGUCGCCGGGUAUCGCGCAGGCCUACCACGUCCGCGAGCUCUUUGACGAGGAGCGGAAGCUCGUCCGCGGCGUGCUGGCUACGGCGACGGAGCCGUCGUCGUUGUCGUCGCUGUCGUCCCCGGGCUCGUCGUACUUCACCUCCCCCGAGUCGUCGAUCACGGACCUGUCAGCGCUCUCGCUCGACAACGACGACGACCACCACCAGACCGAGACUUUUGAAUCGUGGGCGCUGCUGUUCUUCCUGCUUGAGACAAGGCUGCAGCCUUUCCCUGCCGCCACCACGUCCACUCCUACUUCCGAGGCAGCGCAAGCACAAUCCACCGCCGCGCACAUCGCGACCAUCUUCUCCACGACGCUGCGCAACACGGCCGCCCUCGACCAAUGGGCCACAGGCGGCGGGCGCGCGUUCUUCACGUCCCGCGUGCAGGGCUUCGUCGCCGCCAACCAGCCCAUCGAGCUCUGUCUGCCGGCGUUCCCAUGCAAAUCGCCUAACCCGGACAAGGUCGGAGGACGGAUCCCCGACCGCGCGGAGCGCAUCGCGCUGGAUGCUGUGCAGGGCUUUUUGGAGGCCGUCGCGGAGGUGUAUGAACCGGGGUGUACGUUCUGGCUUAUUAGCGAUGGGCAUGUUUUUGCCAACUGCAUCGGCGCCGACGACACGACUGUCGACACGUACGACGCCGACGUCAAGACGCUGUAUCAGCGGCUGCACGGCCGCGCCCCCAGCAACUGCCGCAUUCGGUUCAAGUCUUUGACAGACAUCUUCGGCCCCUCGUCCCCCGCCUUCAGUCUCUUCCACAAUGCCUGGGCAACCUCCACCGCCGCCACAGACCUCGCACACCCCGUCCCGACAGCCCGCACCGCAGACGCAGACUUCUCGCGCGGCCUGCUGAUGCGGCUGUGCGCGAUCGACGCCCGCGCAUUCAGGGCGCUGGUCGAGGCCGGGGACGCCAAGACGCUGGCGCUGUAUAGGGGCAUGUGCAGGUUUAUGGAGACGGAUUUGAGCGCCGUGAGCCAGUGUCGGGGGCUGAGUCGCAAGGCGCUGAAGAGGGUUGCGGCGGGGAGUGCGGGGGAGAUGAUUGGUCGCAAUCACGCGUACUCGAACCUUGUCGAGCUGCUGUUUCCUAACCAUGUGCGGCUGUCUAUUCACGCACACAACAACGCCGGCCCCAAAUUCGGGAUCCGCCUCUUCCCCGCCGCGCGCAACAUCGCCGUCAUCGCAUCGCUCGACGCCGUCGACGAGCCCCAGCCCACAGAAUUCGCGUUCCAGACGCCGACGCCGUGGCAUAAUUGCGUCGUUGAGAUCGUUUCGAGCCCGAGUCCCAACGAGGGCGAGAGUUCCAAGGACGCGGACCCGAGUUCCAAGGACGACGAGGGACCCAGGGACGGCGAAAGAAAGGGGAGUGAGGGAAAGGAAGGUGAGGGUGUGGGUAAGGAAGGUGAGGGGGAAAUGGUAGAAAGGACCUUCAUCGCCCGCUCGGGCGUCGUCAAGAAGGCGCUGCAGGAGGGAGGUGGCUGGGUCGGCGAGUGGGUUGGUGGCGGCGUGUUGGGGGAGGGGCGGUGGCGGGUGCAGAGGCGCGUCCAGAGGCGCGUGGAGUUGUAG